UUUCAACGAAGCGUCGACACUCGACAUCAAACCUCAAAACUCUGUUCAGUCUUUCACUUCUGUCUAUUGCAAAACAAAAUGGGAAAGAAGCGAAAGCACACUGAAGUUGAGGCCCCGGCGGCGAAGAAGGAUGAAACGGCGCCGGAGAGACCUAAAAGGACUCUUCUUGGUUGGAAAGACAAGCCGGAAAACACACAAGACUCUACAACCACUACAGGGUUUAGAAACAGAGAGAAAGUUCUUGUAACUUGCUCACGUCGCAUCAAUUACAGGUAUCGGCAUCUGAUGUUGAAUUUGGUAUCAAUUUUGCCUCACUGCAAGAAAGAUAACAAAGUUGAAUCCAAGGCUACCAAAGGAGCAACCCUAAACGAGCUUGUUGAACUUAAGAGCUGUUCUUCUUGUCUCUUCUUUGAGUGCAGAAAACACAAAGAUCUUUACUUGUGGAUGUCCAAAUGCCCUAAUGGUCCAUCUGUAAAGUUUUUAGUGAAUGCAGUUCACACAAUGGAAGAGUUAAAACUCACUGGAAACCAUCUCAAAGGCUCCAGACCUCUUCUCACAUUUUCAUCAAACUUUGAUACAGACCCUCAUUGGAAACUUUUGAAAGAAAUGAUCACACAAAUAUUUGGAACUCCUAAAGAACACAGAAAGUCAAAGCCCUACCAUGACCAUGUCUUUGUGUUCUCAAUUGUUGAUGACCACAUUUGGUUCCGAAAUUACCAGAUAUCAUGUCCUCAUACUGGAGCAGAUAAAAUUAAUCGUGGAGGGUUGGAAAAGAUGACACUAAUUGAGGUUGGACCAAGAUUUUGUUUAAAUCCAAUCAAGAUAUUUGGUGGUAGUUUUGGAGGUCCAACUCUAUAUGAGAAUCCAUUCUAUGUUUCACCAAAUCAGAUACGAUCUUUGGAGAAGAGACAGAAGGCUGGGAAGUAUGCAAUGAAGGUUAAGGCAAAGACAAGGAGAAAAAUGCAUGAGAUGACAAAUCCACUUGAGGCUGAUGAGUUUGCAGACAUGUGGAAGGAAUGAUUAUAUUUAUAUGUAUUUUGAUGUAGAAUUUUUAAUGAUUUAAUGAUUUCAAAGAGUCAAUGUUGAAUUUUGAUAUGAGAGAAAACUUAUGGAUUUUGCUUUUUUGGAUGCAU